GGUAAAGUGGAUCUAAUCUAACUUUUUUUCCCCCCUGUUAGAAAGUUUGUGGACACCCGGGAAGGCGUUUCUAUGGAAGCAACUAUCAAGAAAACCGGUUGUAAACACUGGGCUAAACGAUUCUGAUAAUGACCUUUUCGCUUUGUUGUUGUUGAUGUUUAAUUUGUAAUGUUUACAGUCUAACCGCGUUCUUGAGCAGUGAAGACCUACCUCCACACUCUGAUAAAUGUGGACCGGAAGCGAGUGUGUGAAACGCAACGCAACGUAACGUAACGGCUAGCGCGCGCGCGUGAGCGAGCGAGCAUGGGCACCUGGCCUGGCCCAGCGGUGUUCUUGUUGUGUUUCGCGGUGGCGCUGAACGCUGAGCCCGCGUGCUGGCAAGCCGUGCUCCGGUGCCAUGAGGAGCGCGAGUGCGAGCUCGCCUAUACGCAGUACAUGGCCGCGUGCGAUGGGAACAUCCGGGGCGCGCUGCGCCGCUGCCCGAGUCACUGCGUCGGCGCGCUCGUGAGGUUAAACCAGACGGCUCGUGGUCCGGAUCUGGAGAUGUGCGACUGCGGGGUCGACCCGGAGUGCCGGCGCGCCAAGCGAGCCAUCGAGCCGUGCCUGCCGCGCACGCACACUCGCGAGGCCGGCGGUAUCGGGUGCACGGAGGCGCGUCAGCGCUGCGAGGAGGACGCCGUCUGCCGCGCGGCUCUGUCCGCGUACCUGGCGCACUGUGGACAGUUGUUCAACGGGAGGAAGUGCUCGGCGCGAUGCAGAGGCACCAUCGAGCAGCUGCGUCUGCUGCCGGACGGCGCCCUGCUCGAGCGCUGCGUGUGCGACGGCGUGGAGCGACCCUUCUGCGAGGUGGUCAAGGACAACAUGAGCCGCCUGUGCGCGCUCUCGGACCGCGAGCUCGCCCCCGACCAGGAUGUCCUCGAUGACGUCUACGAGGACGAGGAUUACGAGCUAAAAGUGGAGCGCGAGGUGGACACCGGUGCUGUGGUUUCGCCUUCACGUGCCUGGCAUUCCUCGGGUCAUCUGGCCCUGUUCCUCGGGUCACUCGCGCUGAUCUUGAUCGGGGUUUGAUACGCGAAAAAGUUCUUCUGCGCAUGCCCAGAACAUAAUAACUCACUGUUAACCGCGAUUAUACAGUAUUGUUCCGUAUCGCGAUAUGCACUGCGAUAUAUUGGUGAACCCUUUAUGUUCAUGAUUAAUGAUGGGCCUGCAUUGUUCUCACUGGGAUUUGCAUGUACUGGGUCGGUCAUCCAAAAGCACAAAAACAAAUCAGUAUCCAAUAAAGCAAUUACGGAGCAUCUCUAACGCCAAAGACCGGUAAUCACGCAAAAGAACAACUCGCAACUGAUGUACUGUCUGUUGUGGAUUUUGUUUUGAAACAUAAGAAAUGUUCCAAGAGUGAAGCUAUAAUCCUGGACCACUAUCAUAACGCCUUCAGCUUCACGAUUCACUGACCCAGAGCCUUCAGUACCUAACGUGAGAGAGAAUAAAAACACAAGCGAUACUCUACACGGUCUUUCUCUGACUUUACUCUCUGUCCUUACUUCUUGUCUGGUUUGUUUAACCCAAGUGCUUGCUGAAGUGUGUCUUUUUUUUUAUUUUUAUUUGAAGUAAGACUUAAGACAAACAGAGAACUCGAGCACCGUGUGUUUGAGUACCACUCAGUGCCUGUUCACUCAUUGUUGGGAUGAUUACACUUCAAAUAUUUGCAGUGGACGGCCGGAGAAAAGAGCAGCUUUCAGGAUCGAGUUGUUAAAUUAAGUGGAGAGGCUCUUCACAGGCUAAUAAAUAUCCCCUUCCACUCAGUCUCUCUCUCUCUCUCACACACACACACACACACUCUCACUCUCUGUCUGUCUGUCUGUCUCGCCUCGGCUCAAUGAAUCAUCCCCCCGGGGUGACCCUUUUCCUCUCUCCCUCUGUCCUUUUCUCCUUUUUUUUUCCUUCCCUCCCCCCAAACCUAGAGGAAAUACUUGAUCUCACGCUCUCUCUCGCGCACGCUCUCUCUCUCUCUCUAGGUUCUGAGUUGGGCCUUUGUUUCUGGUAUAAUGUGGAUUUCUUUUGCACAGCUGUCUUGUAAGAAGCCAUUGUCCCUUUUGCUUGUGAUUUGUGAGAAAAUACAGUCACGUUCUGCUUUUAAAAAUGUAAAAGCAGUAGUAUCUCUCGGUUUGUUUGUAAAGAUUGUGAGUCUGCCGAAUUUUUGGUUUUGUUUCUUCGAGAAGGCACACAAACGAACGAUAUCUUACACAUCCGCUUGUAGUCUUCAGAAAGACGGAAGGUCUGUUUUUGGCCCAAAAUGCUUUGAUUUAACUCACCUAUCUGUGUGGUUUUUUUUUGUUUUUGUUUUGUUUUGUUUUGUUUUUAAAAUUCCUACAUUUUGAAGCUCCUUGUCAUGAGCAUUUUAAAUCGAGACGUAACCGCGUUAGGUGCGUUAACUUUUAUAGUUUAAGUAUUGUUGAAAUGACUUUUGUUAAAUUGCCAUAAAUGUUCUAUGUACAGAAAGCAAUAUAUUUAUGUUUUGGACUUAUGAUGUA